AUGCACACCCUUUCUUCCUCUUACCAGAACAACUCUGCCCUGAACAUCCCCAAUGACCAUCCUUUCCGCGCCUCUCUCCCUCCUCGCCUCCGCAUCACUGCCGACGGUGACAUUCUCUCUGCCGUCACCGACAAGGCCAUCCGCCGUCACGCCGCUAUUGUUGAUGGCCUGGCUAUUCAGUCGGCCACUGCCAAUCUGGACGAUCUGAUCGAUCUGCAUGACAUCGAUCUGCGCCCCUCUAUGCGCCCCACCUCUGUCCUCUCCGUUACUUCAACGAGCUCCGAUGCCUCCACUUCUUCUAGGGCGUCUGUAACUUCCGCCUCCACCGUCUCUGACAAUUCGGAUGCCUCGCGCAACUCCGAUGCGAGCAUGUCCAAGCUCGUUCGUACCCUGGGCAGCGAUCCCUUCUGCAACCUCAACUCUGAGAACUCUGAGGCGGUGAACACGACUGUCACUUCCAUUUGCCUCUCGCCUCGAGGUGUCAUCAAGGCUAUCAGGAAGUCCCGCAUCAGCAAGUCUUGA